AUGAGUUAUAAAUUUCUAUCUUUGUCCAGUAUUGUUAGUAAUAUAAACAUUGAUCCAAGUGUGGGUUAUGAGGGUAUUAUCGAGGGAGGUAAAAGCUUAGAUAUAAGGGGAUUAGGUGAAAAAGCAGAACAGCCAGCUAUUUUAAAAACUUUUGUGGGACACAAGAUAGCUCGUUUAUAUGCAUCCAAUGGUGAAGAUGAUUGCAAUAUUAGAGAAGAUGAUAAUAUAGGGAUAAACAAAUGGAGUAUUUCUACUAGUGGAAAGAGAGGAUGUAGGAAGAAUAGAUUGUCUGCAUUUGAUAAGAGAAAUGAGAUAGUUGUGGAUAAUAUUGAUAGAGAUAUAGUUGAGGAUGUCACAGAUUUCGAAGAGGAAGAAAGAAAGGAAAUUAAUGAUGAGAUAAAUGAGACAGAUACUAACAAUAGUUCUAGUGAUGAUAGUUCAAAAGAAGAGCUGGAAGAAGAAGAAGAAGAAGCGCGAAUCGUUUUUCUCAUCCGAAAAUGCCCGAGCAUGUUCAUUCUCAGCCAAAUCCAUGCGCGCAUCCUUACACAUCUCCUUCCUCUCUCCACUGUUUCCUUCUUGCUCUCCAAAGUUCUCUCCUUCUCCGCUCUCUCUCCCCUUGGAAACUUCGCCUAUGCACGCAAAGUUUUCUCUCAAAUCCCAAACCCAGGCGUUUUUGCUUACAACACCAUUAUAAGGGGUGGUUCAUAUACUAAAACCCCAUCAAAAGAACCCUUUUAUUUCUACAAAAGGAUGCUCACAAGAGCCUACCCAACUCCAAACACUUUUACAAUUGCUUUUGUUCUAAAAGCAUGCUCAUCUAUAAUAGCGCUUGAAGAGGGUCAGCAGGUCCAUGCUUGUAUAUUGCGAUCUGGGUAUACUUUAAGCCCUUACGUGCAAUCUUCGUUGGUCAAUUUCUACGCCAAGUGUGAGGAAAUUACGCUUGCUAGGAAGGUGUUUGAUGAAAUUACUGAGAGGAAUUUGGUUUCCUGGAGUGCAAUGAUAACUGGGUAUGCAAGGGUGGGAAUGGUCAAUGAGACUUUUAGUGUGUUUAGGGAAAUGCAGGGGGUCGGUAUUGAACCUGAUGAAGUUUCCUUGGUUGGUGUCAUUUCUGCAUGUGCCAUGGCGGGAGCACUGGAUAUAGGGAAGUGGAUUCAUACGUAUAUCAACAAAAGGAAGCUUGAUAUUGAUCUUGAGCUUAAUACAGCACUAGUCAAUAUGUACGCUAAGUGUGGGUACAUAGAGAAAGCAAAAGAAAUUUUUGAUGAGAUGCCAGUAAAGGAUAGUAAAGCUUGGAGUUCAAUGAUUGUUGGAUUGGCCAUUCAUGGACUUGCACAGGAUGCGUUGGACAUGUUUACAAGGAUGGAAGAAGCAAAGGCCAAGCCGAACCAUGUUACCUUCAUUGGCGUUUUAUCUGCAUGUGCCCGUGGUGGACUAGUUUCAGAAGGAAAGAGACAUUGGUCAAGGAUGCUUGAAUUGGGCAUAGAACCUUCAAUGGAGCAUUAUGGUUGUAUGGUUGAUUUGCUAUGCCGAGGAGGCCUUGUUGACGAGGCCUACAAUUUUGCCUUAUCCACACCCUCUCCAAAUGCAGUAAUUUGGCGAACAUUACUUGUGGGUUACAAGAGAAAUCAGAUGUUACAGCAAGCUGAAAUGGUUGCUGAGCGGCUAUUCGAACUCGAACCCCUAAAUGCAGAAAAUUACAUCAUUCUUUCAAAUUUGUAUGCUACUGUUUCAGAGUGGGAGAAAAUGAGCCAUGUGAGAAAGAAGAUGAAAGAAAAAGGCAUCAAGGCAGUGCCAGGAUGCACCUCUAUUGAGAUUGAUGGAUUUGUGCAUGAGUUUGUAAUGGGUGACUGGUCACACCCUGAGGCAGAGGAAAUAAAAAGAAUUCUGAAGAAUGUCUCUGCAAGGAUUCAUAGCACUGGAUAUGAGCCACGUGUGUCUUCUGUGCUUCACUAUGUGGAUGAUGAAGAGAAGGAGAAUUCUUUGUUUGAGCAUAGUGAGAGGCUCGCCAUUGCUUAUGGCCUGUUGAAGACUAAAGCACCUGCAGCAAUUAGGAUAGUUAAGAAUCUGACAGUUUGUGAGGACUGCCAUGAAGUGACAAAAAUUAUCAGUAGAGUUUAUAACAGGGAAAUUAUUGUAAGGGAUCGGGUUCGUUUCCACAAAUUUGUCAAUGGAACAUGUUCCUGUAAUGAUCACUGGUAACAUUUUUUUGCUCCCUUAAAAAGUUGUUGACAUGAAUCGUAUGAGCUUGAUAUUGUAGAUUUACAGAAGAAAA